CGGCUCUCAUUUCGAAGCGCAAAAGAUUCUUCAUACUGAAUUUGAAGUGUGAUCAACUCUCUGAAUCUAUCCUGAGGCGCCUCUCGCUCACUCUGUGAUCUGAGCGUUAUGAGAGGCCUUAACAGGACAGUAGACUUGGUGUGUGCCGACUACGGUACAGUCAAUGUGCCGUUCCCGGGAACCCUGGCUGGUCCAGUGAGUCAGAUAGAUCCAGCUGGUUUCCAGUAUGAUGGUGUUAAACUUGUCAAUGACGUGCAAUGUGUAAAGCUCUUUAACAUUCGACCUUUCCGUUACAACGGCCCGGUGGCUCUGGGGGACCCGUUGGGUUACGUGCUGCCACUGCAGGAGCGCUUUGCCGGCAUCGCGUCACACCUGAAGCUGCAGAUGUGCGACGGCACUGACCCUUCACCCUUUAUUUAAAUGUCUGCUUGACCUUUUCGUCAUGCAAUUUUACACACACGCCUACACAAAUGCAUGCACACACACACCCACACACACACACACA